AUGAGCUACGCAACAAGCCUACUAGCUGCAUAUCCAUCAUCAUAUGGUACAUCAACAUUACUUAGUGAUAAUCUUGUUAGACGUUCAUCUUAUGAUAAUAUUUAUCAACCAUCAGUACCUUAUGGAAAUACAGAUCGAUUAUUAAGUGAUGAUUUAGCAUUUAAUCAAAUCACUCAUGAUAUACCGACAUAUCAUCCACCAAUAUAUUCACUUUCAAAUUCUACAUCUGUUUUUCCUACAACAAAUUAUCAAAAUUCAACAAUAAAUAAUUUUCAUAGACCUGUUCCACCAAAUGAUUCAUUUGCUUCAUUAAAUGAUAUAACUGAAUAUUCUGAAAGUCUUGUAACAGCAUCAAAUACAAAUACAGCAUCAAGUGUAGCUCGUUCAAUAAAUGAUAAUAAUAUUAAUGGUCCAAUAAAUAUAUUUAAACAUCAUCAACAAGAUAAUAAUCAAAUAUUAAAUGAUGUUGAUAAUAAUCGACAACAUAAAUCUAUUUGGAGUUCACCAGAAACAAAAAAGAAAGGACAAUCAGAUGAAAUUAAAAAAAAAACAAUACUUAAAAAUCCAACACAACCUACAACAGGUGCACAUAAAGAUACUUCAAUUGAUAAAUUAAAUGAUGAUAUAACACCAGUUCAAUCACCACAACCACCAUUAGCAUUAACAAAACAACAAAAUCAUCUUCAACGAAAUGCAGUAAUUGCUGAUGUUGAAAAACAACCACUACCAAUCGAUGUUCAAGCAUGGAUAAAUGAUACAAAAAAAGAAUCACCGAUUGAUGAAAAACAAGCUGAACAAGCAUGGUCAAUUAAAAUUGGUCAGUUGCAUAUGGCUCAAGUUCAACAUGAAAAAGACAAAACAAAAUCAUUACGUGCAUUACCAAAUGGACCAAAAAAAGUUGAUAAUAGUCCAUUUGUUAAUAAAACAAAACCCAUAAAUGAUACGAAAUCUCGUGAACCAACAUAUGAAAUUCAACAUGAUUCAUAUUUUGAUACACUUUUUGAAGGAAAUUAUUUUCGAAAACCUUCAACAAAUAAUUAUUCUAUAAAUUCAUCUUUUCAUCAUUCAAAGCCAACAAAAAAUAAAUUAGCAAGUUCAUUAAAUAAUCAAAAUUCCAAGCAUGUUUCACAACGAAAAACAACUCAUUAUGAACCACCAACAACAACAACAACAAAACGUUCACAACCAACAAUUACAACAACAUCAUGGAGAAAACAAUGGCCAAUACAAUAUCAUUAUGAUUCAUUGUACCCAUAUUAUUUAUAUAAUGAAAUAACUCAUCGUGAUUAUGUUCAAAAAGAUACUGAUGAACGUUUUCGUGAAGCUCUUCAAAAAUUACGUGCAGAUCGUGCUGAACAACACCAGAAAGACAUAAAUGAAAAAACAGCUAAACGUUUACAUUAUGGUGAUUAUGUUCGACAUUCAACGAAAGAUGAAUUACUUCAAAAUGCUGUUAAACCAUCUCCAUGGUCUGAUUUUAUGGAUCUUAAAAAAGGAAAUCUUUAUUCACUUUCAAUAGAAGAAAAAAAACAACUUUAUAAUCAAUCAAAAUCAUAUGGUGAACGAGUUCGAUAUCGAAAUUUUGCUAUGAGUUAUGGUGCUGAUGCAAAUCGAUCAUAUCGUGAUUCUGCACCUCUGACAGAUGAUAGUCAGGAAUUUGAUUCCGGUAAUGAAACACCACGUCAACGAAUGAAUAAUAGUGAUUCAAAAUCUAUUAGUCGUACAUCAAAACGACCUGGUUCAGGAUCAACAACACAUAAAAUAUAUCCAAAACAAAUAGGUAUCCGUGGUGGUAAUCGAUCAAUACCAAACCAAACAAGUCGUACAACAAUGCGUACUGAUCGAUCAAAUAUCAAUCGUCAAGGUGAAAAUGACGAUGAUGAUCUAUCAAAUUAUAAAUAUAAUAAUAAACAACCGCUAAAGAAAAAAAAUGUACGUUAUGCAAAUGGACGAACAACAACAAAUAGUGAUGAUGAAAAUGACAAUGAAUUUACUAAUCAUGGUCAACGAACAAUACGUACAAGAAAUCGUGAUAUUGAUGAUGAUUUAUUUACUGUACGUGAAGAAAAAACACUUGAGUCAUUUGAAGGUGCACGAUAUAAAAAACGAUAA